AUGCAAUGUAUCCCCAAAUCUGUAACCAUCAGAAGAACUAAUAGCUACCAUGAGCUACCAAUAACCAUAGGCAACCAGUCGAAAUUUAUGGCACCAAUAACGAAGAUUGAUCAAGAAUAUGCAGAGGAACUUGACCGCAACAAUCUAAUCCCCCCACUUUACUUCAUAGACGAACAGUGGAUCGGACUAAUACCAAUGCCAACCAGAAUGAUCCCACCAAAGGAAGUCUUAGUAGAAUUCGAGGAAUUAAUGACCUCAUCUCCCCCACGACCCAUAGGCUCAGAAGUUUUAUAUACCCAGGAAGAAAUAAAGGAGGUCCGAAGGACUCUCGACGCAGAAAGAAGAGCUGUAGAGAACAUUAUUACCAGAAAGACCGCAGGUUUGCAAGCAUCAGGUCAAGAAUAUGCAAUGAUCAAUAUUUUCAACGAAGAGGAAAUAAAACAUUUUUGA